AUGAUCUCUUCUAUUACUUCUCCCGUUGUCUCUACAACUGGCAAGACGCGACUGCAGGCCUCACUCGAGCGUGCGACCGCGCGGCAAGGGCCAUCUAUCGGACAGUGGCUGGAAUUUCCGGGCUAUUCGUUGGCACGCACCGUGGCGCAUCUUGGGGCAGAUUGGGUAUUGCUUGACUGUGAGCAUGGGAACAUCGAUGACAAGGCUAUGUACCUGCAGGUCGGGGCCAUAUCCUCGGCUGGGGUAUCGCCCAUCGUGCGGAUUCCGGCCUCGGAGCCCUGGAUGAUGAAGCGCGCCCUGGACUGCGGUGCCCACGCAAUCAUGGUGCCCAUGUGUGAGACCAAGGAACAAGCUGAGGCUAUUGUACGAGGGUGCAAAUACCCCUCAUCGCAGUGGCCGCAGGGAAUGCGGGGUGCAGGCGCCAUGUUUGCCCCCGCUGCCUUCAAUCAGACCGGCCGAGAGUACCUUACGCACGCUAAUGACAAUGUGAUGAUCAUCGUGCAGAUUGAAUCCCGCACGGCGGUUGAAAAUUGUGCUGCCAUUGCAGCAGUUCCAGGCAUCGACAUGCUCUUUGUCGGGCCCAAUGACCUGGCCUCAUCCAUGGGGUACUUUGCCUUGGACCACGCAAAUAUUCCCGAAGUACAGGAGGCGACAACGCAUGUCCUACGAGUUGCCAAGGAUGCGGGGAAAUAUGCCGGUCAUUUUGCCCUGUCAGCAGAUGUGGCCGCGGCCAAGUACCAUCAGGGUUUUGACUUUGUCAACUCCGGAGCAGACAUUGUCGCCCUGACCUCAUGGAUGACGGCAGAGAUGACCAAGUUGCGUCAACUCACUGACGCUAGCGCAGUAAAUUAA